AUGUCGCGACCAUCAGAACCUCAACCGCAGGAGAAAACACCACCCAGAAUCUCCGCCGAGACAUCGACAACCGAUGCAUCAGGAUCCAAAGAUGAAGCCCUCGCCCUCGCCGGCGAAACAGCACGAACAAUAGAUCCAGCGCUCGAACGUCGCGUCCUCAGGAAAAUCGACCUGUUUCUUAUGCCAGCAAUGGUCAUCGGCUAUGGCCUCGUCUACUACGAUAAAGCUAUCUUGGGUAGUGCGGUACUCUUUGGCAUGACCACAGAUCUACACCUUACUGUUGUCGAUCACUCGACAAAGCCGCCGACGACUAAUACAGACCGCUUGAGUUGGGCGACUUCGUUGUUCUAUUUCGGUAUGCUUGCUGGUUUGUAUCCUAUGAGUUUUUUACUGCAAAAGUUCAAUAUCGGAAGGAUUCUUGGUCCCAUUGUGGUGCUCUGGGGCGGCAUUUGUAUGUGUACUGCUGCAGUACAUGAUUGGCGUGGUCUAUUCAUCCAAAGAUUCUUCCUGGGGUUUGUGGAAAGUAUCAUUCCUACUGGCUUUUCUUGCAUUGUUUCCAGCUAUUAUACCCAACGCGAACAGACGUUUCGACAGGCCUGGUGGUUCUCUGGCACAGGACUCUUCACCAUCAUUGGAAGUGCGUUGAAUUAUGGCUUUGGCCAGAUUACUGGAGGUGAUUUGAGACGCUGGCAGUAUAUUUACCUGCUUGCUGGAGCUCUGACAAUCAUCUUUGGUGGUUGGUGUUUCUUGGUGCCGAAUUCGCCGGUUAGUGCUUGGUUCUUAACGCCAGAAGAGCGUAUUGUUGCUGUGGAGAGGUUGCGCAAAGGACAGACGGGAGUGAGGUGCAAGGAGAUCAAGAUGUACCAGAUCAAAGAGGCUCUGCUGGAUAUCAAGGUCUACCUGAUCUUCAUCAUGAUGGGUUGCGCAUACACUGUCAAUGGCGCAGUAGCUGGAUUUGGACCUUUGAUCGUCAGCACCUUUGGCUGGAACACUCUGCAAUCCAUCCUGCUGCAAUUUCCUGUUGGUGGUAUUAGUUGGUUAGGGAUCUUGCUGGCUGGUUUCAUUCCACUCUACGUCAGAAACGUCAGAGUCAUUAUUCUGGUCCUCUGCUGUCUGCCAGUCAUCGUCGGUUGCGCAUUGAUCUGGAAAGCAGACUGGACACAUCAUGCCGCCGCUCCAGUGGUCGGCUACUCUAUCAUCGGUUUCUUCGGUCCCGUCGUCUCAUUGAUCAUCGCCUUGGGAAUGUCGAAUGUGGCAGGCGCGACAAAGAAGAGUUUCAUGUCCGCUGCCAUCUUUGUUGCUUAUUGUGUUGGCAACAUUGUCGGCCCGCAGAUGAUCAAGAGUCAGACUCGUCGCAAACACUAUCCCGAGCUAUGGACUGGGCUGAUUAUCUUCUACUGCAUCACCAUUGCUGCCUCUUGUGCUUUGUACUACGUUAUGUGGCGCGAGAACAAGAGAAGAGAUGGGCUUGAUCUCGAUGAAGAUGCUGAUCGACUUGCAUUCAGAGAUCUCACUGACAAGGAGAACCUCCACUUCCGAUACGUUCUGUGA